GAGUGGUGUACGGCGCGAAGGUGUGCUGGCAGCUGACGACAGGUAAACAUUGCCACUGACAGCAGCUCUCACCCUGCCCCCUAUGUAGUGCGCGAUGUGAUUGUGCUUCCUCUUGGACUUAUCUGCAUUUCAUGCCUUUCACUGAAGAGCGUGCUGGAUGGAGCCAUACUGCAGGUGUUGCCAGUGUUGCAGGGCCCCCGUGAGGAUAUUUAACAGCUGAACUGAUGCUUGAUAUUGAACACCAUGGCCAGCAAGAGGGACUUACUGGCAACAGUGGAGAGACAAAAGGAUCAAAUUGCAAAAUAUGAAACAAAAUUAAAAGAUGUUGUUCGAGCUUACAAAGGACUCCUGAAAGAGAAAGAAGCCCUUGAAACAAGUUUAUCUGCCUUAGCAGAAACUUCAAAAACAAAACAAGUCAGUGAUGGAAGUGUGGAACCACCAGAAGGGCAGCCUUCUGAAGAGAGGGCUGAGGGAGAAGUCUCUCCACCCACAGAAUUAAAGGAUAGCACCACGGAAGGAAAUACAUCAGAAGAUUCUGAGGAUUUGAAGAAGAAAGUAGCUGCUUUAACAUCUGCACUGAACACUCUCUCUUCUGAGAAGAAAAGAGUUGAAACUUCUUUUCAAAAUGACAAAAAGAGACUCCUGGCUGAGAAAGAGAAGCUGGAGAAAAGUCUACAGGAAGCUGAAAAUGCCAAGAACUCCUGUGAAUCAAGCUAUGAAGAGAAGAUAAAAGAUCUCCGAAGUAGACUCAUUAUUUCUCAACAUGAGCGAGAUCAGGACUCUCAGAAUUCAGCUGUCAUGUUAAGGGAACUUGAAAGUAAGCUCUCUGUUGAGCGGAGUCUGAAGGAACGCACAGAAGCAAUCUUGGAUGAAACCCGGCAACAGUUGCAACGUCGCACGGCUCCUGCUAACACACAUCCUCCUGAAUAUUAUGAGAAGAAGAUUAGUGAUCUUCAAAAUGAACUAGACCAGGUAAAGUCUCGACUGAAGAAAGCUGAACAGCAGGCACAGGAACCUCCAUUAUUACGAAAAAUCCAGGGCCAGAUGGAGGAGCUGCACACUCAACACACACAGGCCUUGCAGAGGGAGAGGACCCAUACUUCUGCAGUAGAAGAGUCGGCAAGAGAUUUGGCAAAGUCACAUGAGGAGCGAGUAGUAUCACUGGAAGCAUGCUUGGCUGACCUCUCUCUCACAGUGGCAUCUUAUGAUCGGACCAGACAAGAAGACCUUCUCACCAUACAGAAAUUAAAAGACAAAGUAUCAGAACUGGCCCAAGAAAAUACUUUCCUCUUAUCACGGUUGGAGCCCGAUACUGACAACAGUGAAGCAGACAUCACCACACUUUGCCAGCACAUUACUAAGCUGAGAGACCAACUCAUUACUGCCAACCUUCAUGCCCAAAACCCAGUUGAUGUGGAAAGCUUGCUGAAUGGAGGGGAAAACAUCCAUGUUCGAUGCCAGCAAGAAUAUGAUCAGCUGAGGGAAGAAUUUGAAAAUUAUAAGAUAUCCUCCAAGCAACAAUCAAAAGCUGCUAAGGAAACUGUUUGUAAAGGGGAGUGUGGAAAACAAAUUGAAGAUUUACGACAGAAGGUACGCAAUCUUGCAUCAGCAGCUCAGCUAGCAGCUGAUUCUCACACCCAGCAGGUGACCUCUUUACGAAAGGAAUCUGCAACCUCAAAAGCUUCCUAUGAGAAUCAGCUGCGACGAUUGGAGAGUGACAACCGAGCAGCAGUGGCUGCUUUGGAGCAGCAGUUGUCAUUGCAGCAGCAACGUUCUCUUUCUACAUUAAGUGAGCGAGAUAUGGAAAUUCAACGAUUGACUGAGGAGCUACACAAAAGAAAUAAAAUGCCACCACAGAGUGGACUUGGUAGUCUGGAAGCCACAGCUGCUCUGCUAUCCCAGGUGAGUGGUGGGAGUGAAGGGCCCCUCCUACACCACCUUGAAGAGUUAGCUCGAAAAGACCAAGAAAUUUCUCAGCUUCGAAGAGAGAAGAGACAGCUAGAAACAACAAUGCGAGAAGUGCAGAUGGCAGCCAUUGUUCGGCAGCAAGCUCAGCAGGACACAAUAGAAACUUUAGAGGAAGAAGCUGAAAGGCAUCGAAGAAAUGUUUCCAGAGAAGGAGAAAACCUGGAAUAUUUGAAGAAUGUAGUUCUUCAGUACAUGGUGAGUUCUGAUGCCGAGUCUCGUCAGUUAAUACUAAAUGCCAUUGCAACCAUUCUUAAAUUUACAAGUAAAGAGACUGAGAGUGUGAAGAAGUACAAUGCCUUAUGGUGGUGGCAGCCAGCACCAAAGAAUGCAACACCAGUGAAGCCAAUUCCAAAAUCAUAGGAAUGUGUGCCUUAUAGUAACACUAUAUAUUUUUCAUAUGAAUGUCCUAUCCAUUUCCAGUUUAGGAAAUGAUGUGGUUCAUUUUAUGCUGCUUAUUACUUUAUACACAUAAAUUUCAUGUUCAAAUAUGUUUGCAUGUUAACUAAAUGUGCUAAAUCCUCAUCAACAUACUGAACUUGAUCCACUUUGGUAGUAGUAAUCCAUCAGUGUUAAAAUUGCUGUACUCUCCUUCCAACAAGUACAAGACUAAUAUUGAUGUGAGUGACACUACCUUUAUUUUUCUGUAUUACAUUUAAAGAUAAAAUAUGACUUGCUGCCACAGUAUGGAGCCUCCAAGUCAGAUGUGAAAAUGCCUAUUUGAAUAUACCAUAUUUGUCAUAACAAAUGAUAAUCACCCCAUUUUAUAUUGGGGCAUAAAAAACAUUAAUUAGUCAACAGAAGCAACAUUUAAAGUAAAUGUGUUUUCAAUUUUAUAGAGAGAGAGAGGCAUAUCAUCUCACAGUGAAUUGUGGGUAUACAGGAAGCAAUAAGCAUUCCCUGGUAACAAAUUGAGUCAAGCAUGCAUGGUAAGAUUUUAUAUUUUCUUUGUGCAAAUGUCAUUUUUUAUAAAAGUGAAUGUAACAUUUUUAUCAUGGAAAUUUCUCCUUAAAGAAAACUCUUCUCAUCUUUCCAUUUUAGAAAGAUAGAAGACAGAGGAGUACAUUCUCAGUACCAUUCCCAUUAUGUUACUGUUAGCACCCCUCUACCCAGAAUGUAUUUUAGGACAAUUAAUAUCAACUUUACAACCAAGUUGAUAACUUUUCUCAUAAUUAUAUUUUCAAGAAACUACUAUUGUUUGUUCAGUGAAACCUGAACCAAGCUGUGUGAAUUUAUGUGAGUUUGCCAGCCAAGCACUUACAGGCUGUUGCCAUAUAUGUAUUCACUGCAUAUAUGGAUUUUUUUAGUUCCAUGCAGAAAAUAUGAACCUUUAUUUUAAUUUAUCUCAAUUGUGUAGAAUUUGAAAAUAGCAUACCAAAGUAUGAUCUUGAGUAAUCUAUUCAAUAUGAAAGAGAACAUUUGACUGGGACCAUUAUCUUUCAGGAAUACAUACUAGUAUUUGUUCCUGUUAAAGAUUUUUGCUGAAGAAUAAGAGAUGCACUAAAACAUGUACAACAGAUGUUCAUAAGUAAGAACGUACAUUAAGAAUGAUACUUGUGAGUACUUCAUUCCUUGUCAUCCCACAGUAAUCAUAUAUACAUUCUAGCAGCCAGUUCCCCAUAACCAGAGAUGGCUUGGUCAGACAGUCAUGAAGGAAGGAGCCAGUUCUGUGGUAAGCCUAUGUAUAUGACAUAUUUCUCUGAUUGGGAUUGAUGUGGAUGAAAGUGUGAAUACAUACUCUAUCAGUUCUUAGUAUGUAUUGGUUUGGUGAAGGAUGAAAGUAUCUUCCCAUAAUGUAGGUAACUCAUUUAUUUUAACAUGCUGGUUGUUUUGUUGUGAUGUAAUAGUCACUGUAAUUGUUUGAAUAAUUGAAUCUUUUAAUGGCAUUUUUGCAUCUAUAAUUUAAUUAAUAUAUUUAUUAUUUUUCUUAUCACAAGUUUAUGCAUAUGAUUCUUACUAUAUAUCCUAAGAUUGAAUAAUUGUAAUAGUACAUUAUUUAUCUCUGCUCUUCCCAUGUUCUGUGAUGGGGUUCCAGAAAUGUACAUAAUGUAAAUGGAAUUUAAAUAUGACAGGUCCAAAAAUAUUUUAAAUGUUAUAUAUAUAUUUGACAUUAAAAGGGAUAGAAAAAU